AUGUUCUUGAAUACAUUUGUGAUUUCUGAAACUUUUGUUAGCACUGAAUUAAAAAAAAUUAGUGAUGGUGGUACCAUAGAAGCAGAUAAGAAAGGAAAGCAUAGACCGCACAAGAUUCCAGAUAGUGUAAAAGAUAACAUUUUAGAACACAUAAAAUUAUUUCCACUUGUACCUUCCCAUUAUACAAGGAGGAACUCAAAACGCAUGCACUUAGAAGAGGGCUUAAACAUAUCUGUAAUGCACCGAAUGUACGUGGAAUAUGCCAAACUCAAAAAAUGGGAUGCCGUCGCUAUAGUUAGAGAAUACAGAAAAGUUACUACCUUAGCAUGA